AUGCACGCCUACUCGACCCUCAUUCAGGCAUUCACAGCAGAAUAUCUUCUCGAAGAACUUGAAUUCUCCGAGUCGCUUGUUUCCAUGGUUCUCCUCGCCGGGCCACUGGCGGGACUAGUCGCUUUCCCUGUCUUCGGCGUUCUCCGCGAUCAACAUGUCAGUCGUUUUGGGAAACGCGUUCCCUUCAUUGUCGGAGGGGCUCUCGUUCUUAUUGGCCUUCUCCCUCCGCUGGCUUUCGCCAGAAAGUUCGCCGGGGCCGUAAUGGCGGUCUUCAACGUCGAUGGGAAUGGAUGGCAUGCCUUGCGCUUGGCCCAGGUUGUUGCCACUAUCUGUGUCUAUGGCACCAACUUCGCCCUCCAAGCACUCAAUGGCGGGCCUGCGUGCUCUGACGAUUGA